CCUUUAUUUUCCUCGGAAGACUCCAGUACUUAAGGCUGGUUUAGUGGCCACGCGGAGGUAAACACUGAGCCACGCCGGGUGUACACACAACCGCCCCAGUCAUAACUACUUGGAACAAUGUCUGUAGCGGUGCCCACCCCCAUCAACCCAAAGCCCUUCCUGAACCAACUGACGGGUCAAGCAGUUGUGGUAAAGCUCAAGUGGGGUCAUGAGUAUAAGGGAAUCCUUGUCUCUGUUGACAGUUACAUGAAUCUCCAGUUGGCCAACACAGAGGAGUACAUUGAGGGCCAGUCUACUGGCAGUCUUGGUGAGGUGCUGAUCAGAUGUAAUAAUGUCCUGUAUAUUCGAGGGGCUGAAGAUGAGGAUGAGGAGGAGGGACAGAUGAAAGAAUAGAGAAUAACAGAAUGUGUGUGUGUGUGUGUGUGUGUGUGUGAGAGAGAGAGAGAGAGAGAGAGAGAGAGAGAGAGAGAGAGAGCGAGAGAGAGAGAGAGGUUUCAUUCCAUAUAAUAGUUUUAUGAUGUCCCUAGUUAUUAUUUGCAAUAACAUUCUGCAUAUAUAGAUUAGUUCUUACAGUGUUUGUAGAGAUGGUGCAUCAUAUGACUUAGGAAAAGGAGGAGGAGGAGGAUAGUGAAGUUCUUGGUCAGGAUACUUGAGAUGAUUGAUAUCAACAUUGUAUUUUUGUUUGGCUCUCUCUCCAAUGAGUGUUUUGUGUUGUGUACAUGCAACAGUUUUUAGGGAUUACCCAUCUCUCUUUCUGAGGAGACUUAUUCUUGUCUUUUUUGUAACAACAGUUUGAGUUCUGUGAAAGCAGUUUUCAGUUAUUUGAUUUAUUCCUACUUUCAUUUGUGUAGUGCUGAAGAUUUAAAAGUACAAAAGUAAGAUUGAAAUGUAAGCAAAUAAUUAAAUUAAAUGCAGUUUGACUUUUCACUGUCAAGUAACUACAUUUGUCCCUUUAUUUAUACUUCUCUAAGGAUAAUAAAUGUAUAGCUCUUUCUUUUUAA